AGAUGACGGUGCUAAGUGUUCUAUGUUUGUGUUUCUUUGCUUAUUCGCAAGGUUUUAUCCUCGACGGAAAGAAAUUUCCCUUCCAAGAUACGAAUUUAUCUUGGGAGAAGCGAGUUGAUGAUUUGGUCAACAGAUUGACCCUCCAGGAGCACACAGAGCAGAUGGCUAUCGGGUCCGGAUCAACUCCCGAUAUCAAACGAUUAGGGAUUGGACAUUAUUCGUGGUGGUCGAACUGUGGACGUGGUGCAGUCGGUAAUGAAGCUACAUCAUUUCCUUGUGGGGUAGCUCAGGCAGCAGCUUGGGAUUCAGAUUUAUUGUUCCGGGUAGCACGAGCAUCAGCUAUUGAGACUAGAGCCUGGAACAAUAUUUGGACGAGCCAGAAUAAGUAUGGCACCCACAAAGGACUAAGCUGUUUUUCACCUAAUAUGGACAUCCAUAGAGAUCCAAGAUGGGGUCGUAACCCAGAAACGUGGGGAGAAGAUCCUUAUUUUGGUGGAGUUUACGCUGAACGAUUUGUUAAAGGAAUCCAAGGAGAUGAUCCGAAAUAUUUAUUGACCAGUGCCAGCUGUAAACAUUAUACCACUUCCGGUGGACCAGAAAAUAUACCAGUUAGUAGAAUGGGCUUCAAUGCCAAUGUAACUGAGCGAGAUUUGCGUACCACCUUUCUACCAGGCUAUAAGAAAUGUGUAGAUGCUGGAAGUUAUUCUGUCUUAUGUGCUUAUAACAGAGUGAAUGGUGUACCGGCCUGUGCUGAUAAAUACCUGUUAACCGAUAUCCUGAGAAAGGAAUGGAAAUUUAAAGGUUAUGUGGUAGCUGAUUGUGGUGCCAUGGAAAAUAUGGUCAAGAAACAUCACUAUUUUAAGAAUUAUGAAGAGGUUGCCGCAGCUGGUUUAAAAAGUGGAAUGAACUUGAACUGUCAAACAAGUAAAGACAAUGCCUAUUUGUCAAUUGCCGAUGCUGUCAACCAUGGGAAAGUUUCCAUGGAUCUUGUAAAAGACAUGGCCAAACCGUUAUGGAUGACCAGAAUGAGAUUAGGUGAAUUUGAUCCACCUGAGCACAAUAAAUACAGGAAGAUUUCCCAUUCCUCUAUACAGACUCAAGCUCAUAGAGAUCUAGCUGUAGAAGCUGCUAUGAAGUCCUAUGUACUGUUGAAGAAUAAGGACCAUUUUCUACCCUUGAAUAAAAAACAUAAAUACAAUACAAUCGCUAUUGUAGGCCCACAAGGAGACAAUAUCAAUGACCAAUCUGGUGGAUAUUCCCCUCGGGUUAUGGCUAAAUACGCUACAUCUAUAAAGGACGGCUUGGCUCAGUUAGGUCACACGACCCAUACAGUGAAUGGAUGUAAAGAUGGUACUCCGUGUACAAAAUAUGAUUCCCAUGCCAUUUUAAAUGCUGUUCAACAUGCUGAGAUAGUAUUUGUUGCUCUUGGUUUAGAGUAUCUUAAAAUGCCGAGUCGUCAUUUUAACAUUCAAACGCGGAUAAUUCUGGACACACAUGGAUUUGAAGGUUCAUAUUUCGAUGGUAAUAAAUUAGAACAUGAAAGUAAAGAUAGAGCAGACAUCAAACUUCCCGGUCAUCAGUUGACUAUUCUACAAGAUGCUAUCAAACACAGUCCUCACAAUGCCAAGGUUGUACUAUUAAUGAUGUCCACAGCACCGUUUGAUAUCGAGGAAUUUGAUAGAAAUGAUAAGGUAGCUGCUAUUAUUGAGCUAUUUUAUCCUGCACAAGCUACUGGUACUGCUCUACAUCGUCUCAUAGUCCACCAGAAUCCCGGGGAUGUCUUCUCUGGUAAACUUCCAUUUACUUGGAUGACAGAGCUUAAAAAGGUUCCACCAAUGGUAGAUUAUUCCAUGAAAGAAAGAACGUACCGGUAUAUCACGUACCAGCCGUUAUAUCCAUUUGGUUAUGGUCUUUCUUACACUACAUUCCAUUACUUCCAUCUAUCAAUGGAUACUGAUGUUCAGGCCGGUCACGAUGUUAAAGGUUUCUUUGUCUUGGAGAAUACGGGACCACUUGAUGCCGAUGAGAUUUCUCAAGUUUAUAUUAAAUGGGUGAAACCUCGAGUCGAAACUCCCAGAAUACAACUCGUGGAUUUCUCCAGACGCCAUUUUCCCAAACACACCCGGCAAACUAUACAUUUUACCAUCAAGGCCGAGAACAUGGCGGUUUGGGUAGAUAACUCUGGCUGGGAAAUAGAUCCUGGUACAAUAGAAGUGUUUGUUGGUGGACAGCAACCAGGACAGCAUAAAUCAAUCAGUUCCAAUAUUCUACACGGUUCCUUUAAAAUCACAGGAUCCAAGAAACUGGGCAAAUAUUAGUCAUGAAGAAAUACAAAACAGUAAAAU